CAAAGAGUCGAACAAAUACUUAUUAACAAACCGCAACAAUAAUAGCUUUUGAAGCGCACCUAACAUAGUCGAGAACGUUAUCAAGCGAUGCGUUACAUAAUCAUGAAACCGCUUAACAAAGCCACAUUCAUUCGAGCGCUGCGCAGCAAUGAAGACGACAAUGAAAAGAGCGACGUUAAUUGGAUUUUGUGUGGCGCUGAUUUUAAGUGGGGCAAGUGCUGGCAAUGUGCUCGCCAUAUUCCCGCACUUCGGCUACAGUCACUUUAAAGUGGCGCUACCCAUUCUAACGGAAUUAUCGCAGCGGGGUCACCAUCUGACGGUCAUUUCGUAUGUGCGACAUCCCCAGGCAGCGCAGCUUUCCAAUUACGAGCAGCUGCUGAUCUCCGAUGUGAAUGAGGAUCAGUCUAAUACGACAAUCAAUGUGGUGCCGCUGACAGAGCAUACGCCCACGCGUUCGUUGAAGGUGCUACUAACGGAAUACUACGAUCUCUAUGCUAACGGACAGAUCUCGUGCGAGCACUUCUUUAAGAGUGGUCAUGUGGCAACUGUCUUGGAGCGUCAUAAGCAGCAGCCCUACGAUGUUCUGCUCACGGAAUACUUCACCUCGGACUGCCAACUGGCCAUUGCUAAGUUGUUGAAUUUGCCCAUCAUAGGGAUUAGCACCUGUGCGCUGAUGCCCUACUUUUACGAUCGCAUUGAUUUGCCCGAUACGCCGUCCUAUGUGCAAUCAGAGUAUGUCGGCUUCGCCCGGCCGCUGCAAUGGAGCGAACGCCUUCUGAACUUCGCCCAAGCUAAGCUGCUGAAGCUCAUCUACAGGCUGCACACUAACCGCGCAGACAAUGCGCUAAUCAAGCGCCAUCUCAAUAUCGAUGUGAAUGUGGAUGCUGUCGCCCGUGCCCAGACGGCAUUCAUCUUGGGCAACCAGCACUACUCGCACAUGGGCAGUCGCCCGCGCACCCAACAGUUCCUAGAGGUGGGCGGCGUGCACAUUACGAGCCAGGAUGAGCACCAGCUGAGCCCGCGAAUUGUUCAGUUCUUGGAGCAGUCCAAGCACGGCGUCAUCUUCAUCAGCUGGGGUUCCAUGGUGCGUGCCUCCAGCAUAGAUGCCGAAAAACGGGAUGCGAUUAUCAAAGUGCUGCUGCAGCAGCCGUUAGAUGUGAUUUGGAAAUGGGAAUCUUCGGAACAGCCUAAACCCCAACUGGAUGAUAAGAAGUUUCUAUUUGUGAAGUGGGCGCCACAGCUGGCGCUGCUCUGUCAUCAGAAGGUGCGCUUGUUCUGGGCACAUGCCGGCCUGCUAGGCCUCACCGAAGCGCUGCACUGCGGCAAGCCGCUGCUCAUGACGCCCAUUUAUGGGGACCAGUUCCUGAAUGCUUUUGCAGCCCAAGAUCGCGGCAUAGGUCUCAAGCUAGACUAUCAGGAUAUCAAUGUGGAAAUGCUACAGGAAUCACUACGCGAGCUAAGCAAGCCCAGCUAUGCCUCGCGCGCUUUGCAGCUCUCGCAGGUCUUUAAUCAGCGAGAGCGCACUCCGCUAGAGACGGCCAUUUGGAGCGUCGAGCACGUGAUGCAGCACGGCAUGUUUGCCGUGGAGCUGCUGCAGUCGCCGGGCAUAGAGCUGAACUGGUUCAUCUACCACUCGCUGGACAGUCUGGCUAUAAUCUUUGUCGGGCUGCUUUUGCUUAACGAAGGUUGGCGUGCUCUUAGUCAGCAUCAAGCUCAGCCAAAGCGGGCCAAGUCAAAAAAGCCCAAAAAGUCUUAGUUCUUGUAGAAUAUA